AUGCUCUGUCGAGCAUGGCGCACCGCAUCAGUGCGCAGGCGUAGUGUGUUGAGCACAUGGAACUCGACGCGCUGGAUCCAAAGCUUAAACGCAGUACGUGAAGAAGUGAGCGUGCAGGAAUACGCGGACCGGCGCAAGCGGUUCCUGGAGUGCCUCCCAGAUAAUUCCGUUGUUCUUCUUCCCGCUGCCGAUGAAUCUCUAUACAGCCACGAUAUCCUGUGGCCGCACCGUCAGGACUCCUUGUGGUAUCACCUGUUCGGCAUGCGCAUCUCGAUGCGGCGUCAACUCGCCCCGCCUUGUUCGGCGAUCACCGAGGAUGUGCGGAUCACCAUGGCAGUCUUUGCCAAGGGCAUACAAGGCAUCCCCACGCGAACCCUCCUUUGUGUGCCGCCCGUCACCACGGACAGUGCGACGCUGGUGUGGAGAUCGGAGGCAGCGCCUCUCAGCGAGUACAAGCGUCUUCUCGGCGCUGAUGAGGAUGCUGCUCCGUCGCCUCGCACGCAUGAAAACGUGGUCACGACGAACGAAGUGGGGACCGUCUGCGAGGAGGUGCGUCGGUUUAUCACGGAGAUGGCACAGCAGCAGAUAAUGCAAUGGUUAGUGCACAGUGACCACCCGCUCACAACAUCGCCAGGGGGAGGAGGAGGAGGUGGUGGUGGUGGGGAACUGGGAGGAAGGCUACUCCCGCUCGGUCUCAUACCGAGCGUGUUUGCGGCGUAUCCACAACAGCUGCGUUGGGAUGGCAGAGGCUACCGCCUUCGCCAGCGGAGCAAGUCGUUGCCCCGCACAAAAACGAGGGGUGUAGCCCGCAGCACCUCGGUCUUUCACCAUCCGCUUGAGGCGUUCUUCUUCACGCUUAGCGCGACGCCCUUUGUUCUCCACCUGCCACGACCUCUCCUUUGUGCGGCAGCAGCAGCAGCAGCAGCGCCGGGGCAACAACCGGUCUGCAGCGUAGUCAAAUUCAGCUACUCGGCAGUCGACGGGUACACUCCUGGGCUCGCACCCAGCACCGCCAGCGUGCUACCUACACAAGGAUGCGUGUCCUCUACCCCACGAGGACGUGAUCCCCCGGCUUCCCUCGUCACCUCAUCCGUAAGCGCGGACAGCGAGUCAGAUAACACGAUGCAAAUACAUCUGCCUGUCCUCCGCAGUGAUGCGUACGCAUGGCUGUACCGGCAGACCAAACCCCCUUCACAACUACGACAACACCUUCGAAGUGCCCGCGCGACCGAGGAUGCUUUUCUGCAGCUCAUGCGGCGCGCCACCACAACGCUCUCCGAGCACGUGCUGCACUGCGCAUUUCAGCGUGCUGUGUGCGACAUCAGCGAGCGCGCCGGUGCAGCUGUCCAGGUGCGAUCCGCGUACAUUCCCGUUGUGGCAAGCGGAGUGCGCGGCACCGAAAUCCACUUCACAGACAACGAUGGUGUGGCCGCGUUGGGUGACGUCGUGCGCGUGGACGCCGGGGUGGAGGUGGACGGCGUCCCCACGGACUGCACGCGAACACUUCCAAUAGGUUGCUCGCACUUUUCUCCCUCAUAUGUGCCCCUGUAUGAAGGAUUGCUUCAGAUUCAGCGCAAGCUACUCCGGUGCAUGGGGCCGGGGGUUUCUAUCAGUGAGAUAACUCGAAUGCACAUCGCCGAAACACAGGCGCUAUUGUGCUCGCUUGGGAUCGAUGUGCGUCGUACAGCGACCUCAUCGCAGGAGCAGCAAGUACCGCUUAACCUGGUUCGCUCCUGCUUCUGCGCUCACUUGUUUGGCCAUUUCUUCGGCCUCGACAUCCACGAGGAGCUAAGCAGCGCCUCGCAACCGCACGCAAGAGUGGCGGAAAAGGAAGGGUCCGCACGGCAGCAGCGACCGACUUCGCGCACCCUCCGAGGCGGGAUGAUGCACACUGUUGAGCCUGGCGUCUACAUACCGAGCGUACAACGUGCGACCCUCUUCGGCUUGGAGGGGACGCACUUUCCCAUAGCGUUUCACGGUGGCGUUGGUAUGCAAAUCGAAGAUGACGUUCUUGUCUUGCCUUCCCCGGGAGACGAGGACGUCGACGUUUGCAGCGAUGAAGAGUCUCGGGUCUACUUACCUUGGAGCCGCGGAGAGUACCUCCAGCACGCCCUCGCUGCUUUUCAUCGCUACUACGACGGUGGAGACGCAGGGACGACACCCUCCCUGCUGGUAUCGGUAUGUGACGCGCAUGUCUCCACAGUAGGGGCGGGAGGUAUGACUGCAGCUGCGCGAAACGUGUUGCGCUUUUUGUUUGCCCAACGCGUGUCUAUGGACGGGUUGCCAAAGGCGAUGGCGUCCCUGGCGGCGGACGUGUGCACCAUACAACAGCAGACGUUUGUUCCAAAUCCAGCGUACCUGGACGGACCACCAGUGCCCCACGCGGCAGUCUCUGACUGGUACCCGUACUCGAGCAUUGUCUUGACAGCCACGAUUCCAAAGGACAUUGAGCUCAUAGAAGUUGUCAUGCAGCAGUGA